AAUAUUAUAUUUUUACAGAGCAGUGGACCUGAUGGACCAGCGCCAGUCCACUUUGAACCACAGGUGGCCGUUCUUUGUGACUCAAAAUCAGAUGCACCAUAUUAUAGCCAAUACAUGUCAGAAAAUGGUCGAUGGACGUCUGACACAAAACGUAAAGUUGGAUGCUUGAAGGAAAAAGUUGAUAUUUUGGAUUAUUGUAAAAAAGUUUAUCCGAAGAAUGACAUCACAAAUAUAGUUGAAUCAAGCCAUUAUGUGAAGAUUGGUAACUGGUGUAAAAUGGGAUACAAUAAAUGCAAGCAUACGGAUUGGGUGAAACCGUACAGAUGUCUUGAAGGACAAUUUCAAAGUGAUGCGCUUUUAGUUCCCGAGAAUUGUAUAUUCGAUCAUGUUCAUAAUCAGAGUAAAUGCUGGCCGUUUGACCGUUGGAAUCAAACAGCUGCACAAGCUUGCCAAGAUCGUGACCAUAAUUUAAGAAGUUUUGCCAUGUUACUACCAUGUGGAAUUUCCUUAUUUUCUGGCGUCGAGUUUGUGUGCUGUCCAUUUAAAGGUAAUAACUUAUAACA